UAUUUAGACUUUCAAGUCGGUCAGUGAGUCUAAAGACUUAUCCUGCAUCUCUGUGAAGCAAGGCCUCUCUUUUGAGGCUGUGAAGAAAUCUGUCUCCUCACUAAAGACACAGCUGGAGAAUUUCUGCAAGAAGGAAGUCAGGAAGAUAUCUGCAUCAGUGACUAAAGUCCAGGCGUUCAUUCACUGCACGAUGGCGGAGGGAGGCGGACCCGACUCGGGUAACGCGGCAGACGCCGAUCCAGAGCCGGUUCCGGCACAGAUACCUGCACCUUCAACCGAAUGUCAAAAGCAGACCAUCGGGGCACUACUGAAAACCACAUUCCGAAAGGGAGAUGAGUGGGAUUUGAUUGACAGUCGAUGGUUCAAGCAGUGGAAGAAAUAUGUUGACUUUGACAGAUCGGAUAUGUACACCGUUGGCGAACAGAGCCUCUAUCCUGGACCAAUAGACAAUUCGGGCCUUUUCUCAGAUGACGACACACAGACAUUAAAAGAGCACCUCAUAGAUGAGCUGGACUAUGUCCUGAUGCCCACAGAGGCAUGGACCAAGCUUGUCAGCUGGUAUGGCUGUCUUGAAGGCCAGAAGCCCAUCGUCAGAAAGGUAGUAGUGUAUGGCAUCUUUGUCAAGCACUGUAAAGUGGAAGUGUAUCUGCUGGAGCUGAACUUGUGUGAAAACAAUAAUAUGGACAAUGUGGUUACACGACAUUUCAGCAGAGCGGAUACAAUUGGUACAAUUGAAAAGGAAAUGAGGUCGCUUUUUGACAUCCCUACGGAAAAGGAGACACGAUUGUGGGUCAAACGCAUGAGCAGCACCUACGAGCAGUUGAACAAGCCGGACAGUACUGUGCAUAAUGCUGGCCUUUUCCAGGGUCAGGUGCUGGUGAUCGAGCGUAAGAACGAGGACGGCACGUGGCCCAGACAGAAUGCCCACAUCAAGUCUACACCCAGUGGAGUCUCCUGAUGUGCCUCCUGAACCUACAACCAGAGAGGAUUUCCUACAAUGUGAGUUUGACACAAAACACAUUUUAUACAGUUUAAUUUAUUCCAAAUCACAUCAAGUCAAGUUUCAGUAACAGUCACAUGGUCCUACAUGUUUAAGCAGUUCAACAUUUCGUUAUGGCUGUUAUAGUUCAUGGGUAGAGGAAACAGUUUCUUUUCCAGACCAUCAUGCUUCCUAUAACCGCUGAUGAGGAGCAGUUCCACGUGUUGGGCCUUUGUUUCGUGUCGCCCACCAAUGCAAAGUCUAUGUACCUCCACCCUGUGUGCGUGUCCUAAAAUGGCGUUCUGAAUGAAAGUCUAUGUACCUCCACCCUGAGUGCGUGUCCUGAAAUGGCGUUCUGAAUGGAUGUCUAUGUACCACCAGCCUGUGUGCAUGUCCUAAAUGGCGUUUUGAAUGGAAGUUCGAGAGGAGAUGUAACGAUUUUGCCACACCCCUCUCA